UGCAAUCGCUCAUCACACUGUCCGUCUUUAGGUUGAAACGUGAUCUGCUCUCGUAGUCCAGGUGUAAACAAAAUAAUCACACGGUCGUAGGGAACCUUCUGCUUUCCCGGCCAUCCUGCGCUCACCAUGAGCUGGACUUUGUGCUUGAUGGCUCUUGGUCUAUUUGGUUCUGCUGCAGCGACUCAAGACUGUGGCUCAUGCUACCAGAUCAACAUGGGGAUCGUUAUUGGCAUCAUUACAUGCGACCUGAUUGUCACCCUUCUUAUUGCUAUCUCAGUCUACUGUUUUGCGACACGGCAAAGGAGGAAGAGCAGAUUACACACACGUACUAACUCCUGUGAGCCAGGCAAAGCAAAACUUCGCCAGUCAUCAAGCAGGCCAAAGGAGGUUGAAAUUACAGAGUCGCCUUAUCAGGAACUGUAUGGGGUGCAGUCAGAUAUUUACAAUGAUCUCCGCCAGUAUCAAAAAAAAUAAGGGAACUGCAGGUUUGGUCCCAAGACAAUGACUCCCUGACUGUAGAAUGCAAGUCGUUCAGCUGAAAUGGAGUUUGGUCAUCUUAUGUCAGUUGAAUUGAUUGUUCUUAUUUAUGUAUCUUGACCAAUUUUGGGGUAGUUACUCAAAAAGGUAAUUAAUUACUUGCAAACACAACAUCAUUUUCCAUGAACAAUCUUUAAGGUUGAGUCCUCAGACCACAAUACACAUUUCCACUGCACAUCAGCCCAUUUCAAACGGGUUCCAGCCCAGAGAAGUCAGCGGUGUUUCUCAGCAUUGUUGACAUGUGACUUCCCUUGAGCACAGUACAGUCUUAACUUGCAUUUGUGGUCGCAGCGACAAACAGUGUUUAUUAAUAAUAGUUUGUCAGUAUUCCUGAGCCCAUGUGCUGAUAUCUAUCACAGAAGCAUGUUGGUUUUUAAUGCAGUGCUGUUUGGGGGAUUGAAGGUCGCAGGCAUUCAGUUGUGGUUUUUGGCCUUUUUCUUUACAGAUUCUCUGAAUCUUUUGAUGAUUUUGUGCACUGCAGAUUUACAAAUCACUUUCUGUUUUGAUUUGCAUUUCAUUUGCUGUCCCAGUGUUUUUGGAUGUGUGGUUUUCUCUCACAUACAAUGUAAAAUUUCUGUUUUACUGCGUCUUUUGUUUUGAUUAAUUUAACCAUUCGCCAGGUUCUCUGUAAAUUCUUUCAAAUAUUUAUAGAAAUUAUAUAUGUGUGUUACACUGUAUAAUACCAAACAUGAGUAUCAGAGCAACAUUGUGUAUCAUGUAAUGUAAUAUUAAGUGAUUGUAGACAAGUUAAAGGCAUAGAUAAUCAUAACAAACCUGUGUGUAAUAAAUAAGUAUAUGUAUAUUCCUGUAUUAGAACGGAUAAGCGUUUGAC